UAAAACUUAUUUUAUUGUAUUCUAACAUAUGGGAAGAAGAAUAACUUCCUAUGGAACUUGGAAGGGGUGGGAUCUAAUAAACUAACUAACUACGUUUUUGAACAGUUUAGUUUUAUAAAUGUGAAUAAGUGUUUUAUUGUUUUAGUGUAUUUAUUAUUGUAUUUUUUACGUUUCAUUCUUUGGUUUAAGAAAAAAUCCUAAAAAUGUUUGUUCCAUUGCUCUUUAUAAAACAGUAUAAGGAUUGUGAGGAUUUGCUCCUGGAUGACAUGACCUGCCUUCACUCGGUCCCCGACUCACCUCCUCUGACCUCCUUGCACAAUAGCAGGAAAAAAGGAACCAAAGAGGCUGUGAAUGAAUAAAAACAAGAAAAAUAAUCUAUCUUAAAUGCAAUAAAAGCAUUUAUUACAUCCUUAUAACUCAUUUUUUUCUUCAGAGUUUUGGAAGCGCUUCCUCGCUUUGCUGAUACCUGUAAGUCCUUUUGUAAUCAAUCAAAAGGUGAAAGAUCAGGGAUGAUCAUUUGGAGGAAUUACUCCAUGCUAAGACCAGAUCUAAAGGAUUUAUUCCAGGCAUUUAGUCGGAGUGCUCAAGAAGUAUUUUCACAUCCAGCAGCUCAGCUGGAGAGGACACCGCAGUUCCUUUAUUCAGCUUUGCACCAAUGCAGCCCUCCCAGCUUCUACCCAACGCUUCUCUCUACGUGGGGCCAGAGCGGGAGCCCCCUCUGUCACGCACCGGCUUCAUCUUCCUCGCCAUCAUCAUGGCCCUUUUUACCAUUCCUGCCAUCAUACUCAACGCUACAGUGAUCAUUGUGUCCCUCAUGCACAAGCAGCUGAGGCAGCCGCUCAACUACGCUCUGGUGAACAUGGCCGUGGCGGAUCUGGGCACAGCCAUGACCGGAGGAGUGCUGUCCGUGGUCAACAAUGCCCAGGGGUACUUCUCCCUGGGCAGAACAGGCUGUGUGAUGGAGGGCUUUGCAGUGUCCUUGUGUGGCAUCACGUCCCUGUGCACGGUGGCUCUGAUUGCAGUCGAGAGGAUGUUUGUGGUGUGCAAGCCUCUGGGACAGAUAACGUUCCAAAAGAAACAUGCCGUUGGAGGCAUUGUGCUGUCCUGGCUGUGGUCCCUUACCUGGAACGUUCCUCCGCUGUUGGGAUGGGGGAGGUAUGAGCUGGAGGGGGUUGGGACUUCCUGCGCGCCAGACUGGCACAGCAAAGAUCCCAGCAAUGUGUCCUACAUCCUGGCUUACUUUGCCGUGUGCUUUGCGGUUCCGUUUGCAUUGAUCCUGGCCUCCUACGCAAAACUGAUGUGGACUUUACACCAGGUUUCGAGGAUGACCUGUGUGGAGGGAGGCGCGGUGGCCAAAGGCGAGAUGAAGGUGGCCUCCAUGGUGGUUCUGAUGGUCCUGACGUUCCUGGUCAGCUGGCUUCCGUACGCCAGCCUGGCCCUGCUGGUUGUGUACAACCCGGACGUGAAGAUCCACCCUCUGGUGGGCACGGUGCCCGUGUACCUGGCCAAAAGCAGCACCGUGUACAAUCCCAUCAUCUACAUCUACCUCAACAAUCAGUUCCGCAGGUAUGCUGUUCCCUUCCUGCUCUGUGGGAGAGAGCCCUGGGAUGAAGACGAGGCGUCAGAGACCACCACCACCGUCGAGAUCACCAACAAAGUGUCUCCCAGCUGAAAGCUCCACCACACAUGAGAUUAAACGGAUUUGUGUUUUGCUGUCAGUGUGUUCUUCAUUUUUAUUUUAUUUUUUAUUUAAAAAAGGGUUAAAAUGCUGCAUGGCCACCUAGACGCCAAAGAAACACUGUAGCUGACUGGAAUUUGUCUUUGGAAAAUGUCACGGAGGGACUAAAGAUUUCAGUUGUUUAGGGUUUAAAAAGAGGAAAAAAAUAGGUUGCAAGUAAAAUGUUUCUUUGCUAAUCAAAACCAGAGUAUUUUUUGAUUGAAACAGGGGGUGGUGGAGGGUAAAUUUCCAAGCAUUUGAAUGUAAAAAAGAAAAAAA